AAGUCUGCGUACGGGAACUUGAUACAUAUUUUAAAGUGCAACCCCAGAUUCGCUUCGAUUUUUAUGGAGCUCUAGUGUUUUAAAAGACAUCUGUGUAUCAAGUUUUUCUUUAACGUUCCAUCCGGUCAGUUGUGAAUAAAAAAUCACUUUCACAAUAUUUUGGAAAACAUCUGUGGAAGUGUUUUGCAUUCAUACAAAUGAUACAUGUAAUGUGUAUAUAAACAAAACAAAAAUGGAUAAGUGUGUUAUUGGAUUAUUCACAAAUUCUGAGUGUCAUAAGAACACAUUUUCUAAUAGACAGUGUUUUCACAGCUUUAAAGACUUGAGUGAAAAUGAGAUCUUACUUUUGAAGUAUCGAUUACUAAAUAAUCAAUUUGGUGAUCAGACAUCAGAUGACCAAAUUUGUGAUUUCCAUAAACUCCGAUAUUUAGAUUAUUACUCUCAUCAUAAGCGAAAAUGUUGUGACCCUCUAAACAAACAUAAAAAAAUGAUGACUUCAAACCUUCGAAUGAUAAGUUUAGAAACUGCUCAGUACAUCAACAAUGUUUUAUCUAAGGUAUUUCCUAUAAGUUUAAUUCCAGGAGAAAAAAUAUGUAGACCGUGUGAUCAAACACUUCUCAAAAUGUAUCAGGAACAUGUGGGGAGUGUAGAAUCAACAGAAUCAGAAAACAAUACAGGCAGUAUCGAAGAAAUUGUCCAAUCGCAAGGGACUACAACAAUCACUUCAAGUGGAUCAAUAUCAACCUGAAAGUCAAGGAAUAGAAGAUAUCAAUAACAUAUUGAUCGGACUUGAUAUAGAUCCUCUGGAAAAGAACAAAAUGUCUGCCAAACGCUUUGAGAAAAGAACGAAAGAAUUAUUGCACGAGGUGUCACAAAAAAUAGCCGAAAAAAUAAAUAGAGUUUACGGCUUGAAUAUUAAAAUAUUCAAUAAUACUGUAACAGAAAACUUGGUCGAAGAUAGUAAAUCCCUAAGAGAUAUUAUUCAUUCGCUACAAGAUAAAUUUAACAAUGCAGACACAAUUGGAGAAAAAGUUCAACUUCUUUCUAUUUUACCACAAGCUUGGGAAUUUAAAGAUGUUAAGAAGUAUUUCAACUGCACAAAUUAUAUAUUCCGGGAAUAUAGAAAAUCUAAACAAACACAUGGUGACUCAACAGUUCGAAAAAGGAAAAAAUAUUGGAAGGUUUCAAACGCUAUGCGAGAAACGAUUACAAAUUAUUAUUUGGAUGAAAGGAAUUGCUAUAUUUGCCCUGGCAUCAAACAGUAUAAGAGAAAACGCUGUCAUAAUUCCGGACAAGAGGAGCUUGUUCAAAAAACAAUGUUAUUAUACACGCUUCGAGAUUUAUACCAAAAUUUCAUUAAUGAUUACUCAGGAACAACUUGAUCAACGUCUGCUAUCACAAAUCGGAUUUUGACAUGAAAGUUCUCUCUUACAAUUUUUUCGCUACAAGCCAUGGGAAAAGCGUAUGUGAUGGUAUUGGAGCAGUUGUUAAAAGAACAACAAUGAGACAUUGCAUUAGAUCACCUCCGGAGACACAAAUAACCAAUCCGCUAGAAAUGUACGAGUACGUUUCUGAGACAAUAACGAACAUAAGAGCCAUUUGGGUCCCUGAUACUGAUGUGCAACGAAGUCGGAGACUUUUGAAAAAACGAUUUGACAGCGUUUCAACAAUCAAGGACACAAGAUUGCAUCAUUGUUACAUACCCGUUGACGAACAUAAUAUUGAAAUGCGUAUUACUUCUUUGCACAAAGAUAAAAAAAUAUUUAAAUUCGAACGAUGAAAUUAAAUAUAAACGAAUUUUUGACUCUA